AGUUUACUACGCGGUGUCCGCGCAUUUUGACAUUCAAAACGUUCGGUGUUCAAAUUUUGACAGUUUACUUUUUUUGCAUUUUAGCGUGUGUAGUGCAGGAGGUGUUGUUAUUUUUUUUAACUUUAUUUACGAUGACUUUUUUAACAUAAACUAAGGAGUAAAUAGGAAUCAAUUGGGACUGUUUUUUGUUAUAUUCAACAGUUUCAUUUGGCUAUAUAUACUAAAGUAAAGACAUUACGAAAUAAUUUUUUUUAAAGGAUCGUCAUUUUUUCUUAUUAUAUUUUUCAAAGGAAAUUUCCUUAUACUAUGAGUAGUUACACUGAAUAGGAGGCUUGACUAUGUUUAUCGUAUUUUAUCGAUGCCACAGAAUUUUCCAUUGAGUUGAGAUUUAAGUUUUCUGUAGCGUUCUUGGUACAACCUGACUUUUUUAACGAAUAUUAUAAUUAUCCAGCAAAGCCUCUCUUAUUGAAUUCACACAGAAAAAUAAUUGAACUAGACGAUUUCUGCAAAGUAAGAUUGUACAGUCGGUGUCAUAGCAAACCUUAAACGUCAAGGUACUCCACUGUAUUUUUUUAAUUAGGUAGAAUAUAUAAAAAUAAGAUUCUUUUGGACACGAGCUGAAUACAUUAAGACCUCGAUAUUAAGUAAAAUUUAAAAAAAAAUUAGCAUUCUAAUAAUCUGGUGUAGUGUUUGAAAUGUGUUCGGUAUGACGUCACUUGGAAUACCGACGGAGGCGCCCGUUCAUACUAUUCUAUACACAUCGGCCUACCCGCCAAAACCCGUGAAGGCCACGCCAAAAAAGAAAACUACACGCAGUUGGAUUGAAAGUACAUUCCAGAAGCGAGAAUGCAAGUACUUCGUGCCUAGUGCUAAAGACGAGCACGUAUGUUGGUGCGGACAAAGCAAGACUGCCCAUGGGUCUAACAUCGCCGUUGCUGCCCCGGGGGAAGCCUGGGUGCCAGCCAGACACACCCACGCAGUUCCCACUGACGCGUAUGGCACAGUUGAGUUCCAAGGAGGACCACAUCCUACCAAAGCACAGUACGUUCGCCUUUCGCACGACACCCGUCCCGAGCUGAUAGUCCAACUGCUGACGAGAGAAUGGGCUCUAGAAAGACCGAAACUCCUCAUCACCAUCCAAGGGGGCAAAGCCAAUUUUGACCUGAAGCCGAAGCUAAAGAAGGUGCUCAGGAAAGGGUUACUGAAAGCAGCCAAAACAACUGGCGCUUGGAUCUUUACUGGUGGCACUAACACAGGUGUAACGCGGCAGGUCGGCGAUGCUCUUCAGCUGGAGAGGUCACAAAGGGCUGGGCGGGUAGUCAGUAUUGGCAUAGCGCCCUGGGGCAUUGUGGAGGGCGCUAACGAGCUCAUCGGGAAGGGAAGGGAUGUGCCCUACCACGCUAUAGCUUCACCAAGAUCCAAGCUUGCAGUGCUGAAUAACCGUCACGCAUACUUCUUACUGGUGGACAAUGGGUCAAUCGGCCGCUAUGGCGCCGAGAUCGUGCUGCGGAGGAAGCUGGAGAAGUACAUAGCAGCUCAGAAACUACAUCCUUACACCCAUUCAUCAACACCCGUGGUGUGCCUGGUGAUAGAAGGCGGCACCAACACCGUGAGGGCCGUGUUGGAAUACGUGACUGACACCCCCCCUGUCCCGGUCGUGGUAUGUGACGGGAGCGGUCGAGCCGCCGACCUCAUUGCUUUUGUUCACAAGUACGCGUCAGAAAGUGGCGAACAGACUGUGCUGGAGUCGAUGAGGGAUUUCGUGAUUGGUACCAUUCAGAAGACCUUCGAAGUGGGCCUCCAGCAGGCUGAGUGCCUCUACGGGGAGCUGCUGCAGUGUACCAGGAAGAAGAAUUUGAUCACGGUGUUCCGAAUCCAAGAGCGCGCGGAAGGCGGCGAGGUCCAGGAGUUGGACCAGGUGAUCCUGACGGCUCUGUUCAGGGCGCAGCACCUGUCUCCGAGCGAGCAGCUGUCCCUGGCCCUGACAUGGAACCGGGUGGAUAUCGCCAGGUCGGAGAUCUUCGUCUAUGGACAGGAGUGGCCGCCGGGUGCCCUCGACGAAGCUAUGAUGCAAGCCCUUGAACACGACAGGAUAGAUUUCGUGAAGCUUCUCCUGGAGAAUGGAGUUUCCAUGAGGAAGUUCCUCACCAUACCUCGUCUGGAGGAGCUGUACAACACCAAGAGCGGGCCAAGCAAUACCCUCAGAUACAUCCUGAGGGACGUCAGACCUCAUCUUCCUAGGGGAUAUGUGUACACGCUCCAUGAUAUAGGGUUGGUGAUCAACAAGCUGAUGGGAGGGGCAUACAGGUGCUACUACACUCGCCGCAAGUUCCGUCCGAUCUACGCCAAGGUGAUGAACAAGAGCGUCAACGUUCACCGCAACAGUGCUUCCUUCACCCGCCACAACGCCGGAGGCUUAUCUCUUAUCACCGGGUUCAUGCCAGUCACCACCGAGAUGGCAUUGUUCGACUAUCCUUUCAACGAAUUGUUGAUGUGGGCAGUGCUAACAAAGCGUCAUCAGAUGGCCUUGCUGAUGUGGACUCAUGGCGAAGAAGCUCUGGCUAAGUCACUGGUGGCCUGCAAAUUAUAUAAAGCCAUGGCCCACGAAGCAGCCGAAGAUGAUAUGGAGACAGAGGUCUAUGAGGAACUGAGGCAUUAUGGCAAGGAGUUUGAGAAUAAAGCGCUAGAAUUAUUAGAUUACUGCUAUCGACAAGAUGACGAUCAGGCUCAGCAAUUAUUGACUUGUGAACUCCAAAACUGGUCUGGACAGACGUGUCUGAGUCUAGCCGUAGCAGCGAACCAUAGAGCAUUAUUGGCCCAUCCGUGCUCGCAAAUAAUCUUAGCAGAUCUUUGGAUGGGUGGCCUUAGAACUAGAAAAAAUACAAAUUUAAAGGUAAUUCUGAGCCUGCUGUGUCCACUCUACAUUCUCCAACUGGAGUUCAAGUCGAAGGAAGAGUUGCAGCUGAUGCCGCAGACGGAGGAGGAGCACCUGGAGAACGAGAGCAUGGAAGAUGAUAGGAGCACUAAGGAUCCAAACGACGCGGAGCAGGCGUUGAUUGGCUCAGGGGCCGAAUGUGAAACUCGGGUUGAUCAGAACGGGAAAGUUGGUAAAAUAGGGUGGGAGCCCUCGUACAGGGAGCUGCCUGAACAUCACGCCCCGGAGGACAAGAGGAUGAGGCCGCUAAGACUGAGGAAGAAGAUUUACGAGUUCUUCACAGCGCCUAUCACGAAGUUCUGGGCCGAUUCGAUUGCCUACAUAUUGUUCCUAUUGAUGUUUACGUAUACAGUAUUAGUCAAGAUGGAUCCGACUCCAUCUUGGCCAGAAAUUUAUUCUAUAUGUUAUAUAUUAACGUUCUUAUGUGAGAAGAUAAGGGAAAUAAUUACGUCCGAACCAGUUGCUAUUAGACAUAAGUUCAGUGUGUGGGCUUGGAACAUGUGGAAUACGUGUGACGCGGGCUUCAUCAUCUUCUUCCUCGUGGGCCUCACGCUACGGCUGCGUGCCGGCUCCAUGGAUGUCGGCAGGGUCAUAUACUGCGUCGAUAUUAUAUUCUGGUACUUGAGGAUACUCAAUAUACUGGGUGUUAAUAAGUACUUAGGUCCUCUAGUCACAAUGAUGGGUAAAAUGGUGAAAAAUAUGAUAUAUUUCGUGGUGCUAUUGUUAGUGGUGCUAAUGUCGUUCGGAGUGGCGCGGCAGGCAAUUCUCUAUCCCGACAAGGAGGCCAGUUGGUACCUCAUUAGAGAAAUAUUCUUCCAGCCGUACUUCAUGUUGUACGGUGAGGUGUUUGCCCCGGACAUCGACCCUGUAUGUGGCACGGACAUUGGCGACGUGAAAUGUGUCACUGGGAGAUGGAUCACGCCCAUUGCGAUGACGAUAUACCUGCUUGUCGCAAACAUUUUACUUAUAAAUCUUCUCAUAGCCGUCUUCAACAAUAUAUUUAACGAAGUCAAUGAAGUCUCGCAUCAGGUGUGGAUGUUCCAAAGAUUUACAGUGGUGAUGGAGUAUGAGAGGAAACCGGUUCUGCCACCGCCAUUGAUAAUAUUCUGCCACAUCUACGCGACAGGGAAGUGGAUAACAAGGAACGUCUCCCACAAACGGUUCCAGUACGACAAUGGAUUGAAACUCUUUUUGGAGAAGGAGGACAUGGAGAGGCUCUAUGAUUUUGAGGAGGAGUGCGUCGAGGGGUAUUUUAGGGAACAAGAAGUUAAAUUAUCUAAUUCUAUAGAAGAGAGAGUAAGAAACACAACUGAUAGGGUAGAAAAUAUAACGACCAAAAUGGAAGACUUGAACCAGAAAGCUAAUUGCCAAAUACAGUCAAUGCAGAGUGUAGAAUUUAGGUUAAGAAAAUUAGAAGAUGUAGCUGAACAAACAAUGAACCACCUCGCAGUCAUACACCGGUUCAUGGCGACCCAUCCCUCGCUGGUGAACCGGGGGUCCACUGACACCCUGGGACCCCCUCCUCCUACCUUCACAUCAGGAGCAGCAAGACUCAGAACCGCCAGCGAUAGAUCUGAGGUGCUGUCAGACUCAGACACAGGUGCGGCGCGCUUCGCGGUCCGCCCAGUGCAGGAGGAAGACGAGCAAGCCUCGCAGGCCUCCGAAGAUGAGAUAAUACAUUCCGGUCCUGAAGCUGUAGUGCAAAAGGAGCCAGAGGCUGAUUCAGACUCAACGUCUUCUGGUGGAAGUGUUGCUGGGCCUGAGAUUACAGUUAUAAGAACGCAGCCACCUGUCACACCAGCAAGACAAAGAUCUUCAGAUAGCAAUAGAACAGAGCCGAGCGAAGAUAAGAAAAUACCUUCUUCAACGGAUGACGCGUUCUUGCCGGAAGCCCAAGAAAUGCCUUCAGAUCUCCAUAGUCUUAGACCUCGCACGACAUCAGCUGCUACUCGACGAACAGCCAACACCAGACGGAGACGAUUAUGGAAACAACGUUCGGAAGGUGGCAACGAAUGCGGGAUGGGUGGUCACCACUCCGCCCAGCACUUGGCUCCUCGCAGACAACACAGUCAGACACACUCCGAGCCAGACAACUCUGCUGUAGAUGCAGGAUCUGUCCAUAAUUCCAUUACUGGUCCAUCUGGGUGGGAAGCCACUGGCGGCGCGGCCGGAGUACCAGGUCGGACCAGAGUGGGUGCUCCUCCGAGAUCGUUACUCCUGGCGAUGCACGAGUACACCAGCAUCACUGAUGAGCUGGAGACGGUAUAUGGGCUUUUUUCGCCACCACAUACCCCAAGGACACCAAUCACGUCGCGUCUCCUGUCCCCUGCCAGGGCCGCUUCUCCAUCAGUAAGGCGUCGGCAUGCUAGUGAAAUGUCAAACCCUGAGUUCGCACUCUUCAUGGAGAAGGAGCAUCUGAGAGGCGCCGAGGAGGACGACUAUAUCAUGAUGGAGAACCUCAUUCAGAGACGCCUAGAAUUGGGGUGUGUGCUGGACAGAUACGACGAGGAGAGUGGAGAGGCCGAGGGUGGGGAGGCGAGCGGGAUCAGCAUCAGCGUGUGCGUGAACACGAGCGGAGAGGAGCCGGCGCCGGUGCCACACCAGACUAGCACACUUCUGACUGUUAGCGAUAGACGGUUGCCGCAUCAGAGACACUCCCUGAGGAGGUCGUCAGCUAUCGACAGUCGUGAGCUGCCGUCUCCUCUGCAGCCGCUGCUGGGUGACGACGCUUGUGGCGAGGUGCUACUUCCAGUCCCCAGGCAACCAUCAGGCGACACGAACGCCUCGAGCGAGCUGUCUCUCUCGCACAUGGUGAGCGAGAACCUCCCCCCGCGCCCCUCCAUCGUGCUCGACUCGUCGCAGCUGCCGCGCCAGCGCUCGGCCGAGCAGCCGCCGCAGCCGCAGCCCCCCACUCCGGCCCGUCCGGAGACCAUGUGCUAGACUUGGGAAAUCACACAAACAAUCUUUUAUUCAGCCCGCAGAUGUUACGAAAAUCGGGUCGAGCUACAUCUCACAGAAGCACACGCGAAGCAUAAUCGUAAUAAUAAAAAAAAACACCAAAUAUGUUAAUGUUAAACCGUUUUCUGACUCAACUUCUCCCGUUUCCAUUGAGAAGGCCAUUUUGGAACCCCUUAUCACUGUUAUGCCUUUAGAACGAUAUAUUUUGUUACUGUAUCUUCAACACUGCUACUAGACUGACCUUUAACCAACCAUAUCGAACUAGGGUUUCAUACUUUAUGAUCUAGACUUGUUAGCAUUGUAAUAUAAUGAAGGUGAACGAAUAAGACAACUUUAUAAAUGAUCUAUUCGCUUAAUACUUGGGCAAUACUAUUUUUAUCGCCUCGCUUAGUGGCACAAUAUUGCUGUAAAUAAGCUGAACAUUGAUCUUUUUUAAUGUUUUCCCUCUGUUUAUAAGUAUACGGGCCAGCGCAUAUUUCUUUCGUACUUAUUCGCUAAUUGAUUGAUGUUUUAAAUUUGAAAAUGCAUUCAAUAUGUGAACUUAUAAUAUUCUUAUGAAAUAAAUUUAUUUUGACUUAUAUAUUGUCUUCAUACAUAUUAUAUCAGCAGCAGUUAAUGAAUCCAUUUUAUUUCACUUGCCAUUUACUAUUUUCUCAUUUUCAAAUUUAAAGACCAAAUCAUUCAAUUUUAAAUCUUGAACGUAUUACACACUACAAAGAAUGCUUGGAAGCGCGAAAUUAAGCUGUGUUCGAAAUGAUGUUAAAACUUUAUGAGAAUUGUACAGAAUACUAAGGGAUGACAAAGGACAAUACAAGUUAGUGCUCACUAUGUAUAUAAUUGUCAGAGUGUUAUCAAAGGCUUAAACGAGUUAGCGACAACACUUUUCAAUCCUAGUGAAACCAAUAAAUAGUUUAACAAUAAGGACAAAUAAUGUUUUGCAGAUAUUUCUACACUACGAAGCUUAUGGUAUGGUAUGAUGGACCCAUCCAUAUUAGUACAGUCAAGGCAAAUUUAUAAUGAAUUGGGGUAGGUCGAUAUGCUGUUGACUGUACGUCUGAUCAAUAAUCGCAUUUUUCCUGAAUAUGCUGAAAGUUUUUUAUAUGAACAUCUUGCUUCCUUUAACAAUAACGUUUAUUUUUUUAUAUUUUGUAAUUUACUCUGUGAAAUCAUUAAUGACCACGGUAAGCAAAAUAAAGUUUGAAAUAAUCUAUCUAGCCUUUAUUGAGAAGUGUUGCUACAUAACUAAAAAUGAUUGAAACCAGAACUGAGGAGUUACAUAAAGUAGGUAUUAUGUUAGAUAUAAAAUCUAUAACUAAGUACAGCAAUUUAAUUUACCAAAAGGAAUAAUGAGUGUGAUGUUGUACAUUAUAUCAAUCGGAAUAUCAGUGAGCACUAUGAAUCUAUGUUUUUAAGCUUCAAUUAUAAGUUAAUGUAACGAUUUCCAUUUACGACAUAUCAGAGAAAUUGAGUUAUGAUAUUUCUUUCAUACAAUUUUGUACGUUACAACUGAUGCCUCAAUAGAACUUUAUAUCUUGAAAUUGUUGACCAAUUUUAUUGAUUAAAAUAAAAUAAUAUGACAGCAUGCUUCACAUAAGUGACGAAUAUUAGUAAAUUGACAAAAUAAGUACUUAUUAUAUACAUAUAAUAGAAAAAUAUGUCCGAAAACUUACCAUUUAACUUAUGUAACUUUUUGAUUAUUUUUAAUGUCUUUCUUGUUCAUUUUCUUUAAAACCUCCAAUAAAAAAUGGUCAUCACAAUGUGUUCAAUUAUACCAAAUAUUUUAUCCAAGUUUCCAUUUUAUUAUAUUUGCAGUACAAUCAGACUUUCAUCUUUGUAUAUAAUUGUAGAGAAUAAACGUUCGACGACGCGACUAUGUAUAUUUAAUAGAUUUUUUAAAAUAAUUCUAUAAAUUAAGACAAAAAUGCAAUAAGUUAUUUUAAUUUGUAGAAUAGUGUUAAAUGUUUCAUCAUAUCGUAGGUUUUCUGAUGGAUAUUAUGAAAAGCAAUAAAAAUGUUUAAAUUGUGAAAACAAACGACUUCCAUGGUACAGUUAAUAAAAGAAUUGAAAUAAAUUUAAUAGCAACCGUGAUCUUAUUUACGUAUUUACACAUUAUGCUGUGUACAUUGAUAAUGUUUGUAUACCUUGAAUUAAAAUUUCUUACAUCCUUAAUAAUGAAUUACUUGUUUUGUAUGUUUCCGUCCACGUAUCAGUUUAACGCAUUAAUUUAUCACGUGAGUUUAUAUAUUUUACUUUUAUUCAACUAUUUUUAUAUCAUUUAGAUACCUAUAAAUAUAUGUUAUACUUAAGUAUUCCAUUGUAUUUUUUGUCCAAAUGGUUCCAAAUCAGAUACCUAUUUUCUUAGUUUAAAACUUAACUUUGUCAAUGAAAAGAUGAGAGAGUUUUGUAUUGCCUUAUUUACAUUUCUAAGCAUACAACAUAAUGUGUUAAUACCAUCAAAUCAUCUGGGAACUGCUUUGCCUCUCGCUGAUUGAAGCGACACUUUAUAUAUUUUUUAAUCUUUCAUCUUACCUUUAAGCACAAUAUUUUAAUUAUAUUUAAUCCUUAUUGGGAGUUUUACUUCGUACUUAUUUGAUUCGAUUUUCCAGAGUGAUUAGAAACUUCGUCUGUGUUAUGUAAAACAUAUGUACAAUAAAACAAUAAAUAUAUUUGUGAUAUUA